AUGGCGACAGCGACAAUCCUCCUGGCGGUGGCAGCGACGUCAUGCGCGCAUGCCUUCCAGCCCUCCCUCCUCCCUCUUACUUCAACGAGGAUCUCGUCCUCCUCUCCCUUCCCCUCCUCCUCUUCCUCGGCAGGCUAUCGCUCAAUCCCAUCUCGCGCGAGGGCCUGGCGGUGCUCUGCUCGUGACGACGGGAGGAGGACGGUGGAGGAGACGCGGGUGAACAGGCGAGAGGCAGCGGUCGUGCUGUCUUCCAUCGUCUUGCUCCCCACCUUGACCUCUGCAGCUGCUCAGGACGAUGUUAAGUUGCCUCUUGCUCCCCCUGGAGGGCCAAGGAACAUCGUCAUCACAGGGAGCAGCUCCGGCAUCGGCAAGGACGCAGCAUGCAAGCUUGCCGCCGGGGGAUACAACGUGUUCCUCGCAUGCAGGACGAUGGAGAAGGCCAUGGAAGCAAGAGACUCUGUGGAGGAGGAGGUGAAGUUGCUGGCCAGCAAGGCGGGCAGGAGCCCUGGAGAGCUGACGGCGAUGGAAUGUGACCUGUCGUCCCUCUCGAGCAUCAAGAAGUUCGCAGACGAGUGGAACAAGUCAGGCAAACCCAUUGACGUCCUCGUCCUCAACGCCGGAGUGGCUCUGAACACGGGAGCCCGGCCUCCCCCCCCCCGCACCAAGGAUGGUUUCGAGGUUACCGUCGGCACCAACCACCUGGGUCACUUCUACCUCACGAACCUCCUGCUUCCUGCUGUCGAGAAGUCGUCUGCUGCGCCAAGAAUCGUCGUGACGGCGUCCCAAGUUCACGACCCGAGCUCCCCAGGAGGAAACGUGGGGUCGAAAGCGACUCUCGGGGACAUGCAAGGACUGGCCGCCGGCAUCGAUUGGGAGAUGGUGGACGGAGGAGGGUGGGACGCUGACAAGGCUUACAAGGACUCCAAGUUGUGCAACGUGCUGUUCACGCGCGAGCUACAGCGACGGCUGGAGGACAAGGGGAGCAAAGUGACUUGCAACUGCUUCUCCCCCGGCCUCAUCACAAGGACGGGGCUCUUCCGCGACCAGGGAGGCUUCUUCCUCUCGGCCUUCGACUUCAUCGCCAACAACGUGGUCAGGGUAGCAGAGACAGUCUCCUUCGGGGGAGACUGCCUGGUGACCAUGGCAGUGUCGGAUGCCCUGGAGGGCAAGCGAGGAGUGUUCUGGUCGAACUCGAAGCCGGGCAAGCAUACCUUCGAGGAGGUGGAGGUCAGUGCCGAGGCCAAGGACGCACAGAAGGCGAGGAGGCUGUGGGAGCUGUCGGAGCAGGCGAUCGCGCUUGCGCUAAAGAAGCAGCAAGCAUGA